AUGAGCCCGGAGUGCGAGGAGCCGCCGCCCCCCCGCGCAGGUAAGCGGGCGGCCCGGGACCCUCCCCGCAGUCUGGGCACCCGAGCCACCUCCCCGCCCCCGAGAACACCGCCCAGGUACCCUCGAGUCUCCUCACCCCUUCACCUUCGGACCCUUCCCUUUGUCCAUGAGGGCUACCCAGCCCUGGUGUCUCCCCCUCAGCCCCUUGAUUCUCUUAGUUUCUCCUCCUCAGCCUCUCGACUCCUAGUCUCUCCUCUCAGGCUACUCCAUUUCCCCUCAGCCCACCAAGACUCCAGGUCUAUCUCCUUCAGCCCUCCAAGUCUUUUAGUCUCCCCCCGCUCCGACCCCAAGUCUCUUAGUCUUUCCCCCUCUGACCCCCAAGCCUGUUAA